CGGGUUGCAAUCUCCUCCUCAACCUGAAAGCCCUAGAAUUUUCAAUUUGGGGUUCCUUUCUUCCCUUGCAACCUCAAUUUUCUUCUCUUCUAAUUUUCCUCAAACCUAUCAAAUUUCGCGAAUCCAAAAUCCCCAAAAAAGAAACAAGAGAAAUGGAUGGUAUUGAAGACGAUUCAAGAUACCCAACCAAGCCCUUUUCUUUUAGUCGCCACCCUCAAUACCCUCGUUCGGUCAGAACUCGCCAUGUGUACAGUUACGGACCAGAAGAAGAGGUCGAUGAAGAAGAAGAAAUGGAAGAAGAAAACGAUGAUGUAGAGGACGAAAACGACGAUGAUCCUGAUGUUUAUUACCGUCGUAUUAAAGAAAGCGAGCAUUUUGAAAGAUACCCAAAACGGCAAAAGUUGAGAACAUCAGUUCCCAGCUAUCAAUACGCUCCAGAUCAUAGAGAUAGCUUCAGAAACACCUAUGAUUGGACCCAGCAAGAAAUUUAUGUGUUGUUAGAAGUUUGGGGAAAUAGGUUUUUGCAUUUGGGAAGGAGGAGUUUGAGGGGUGAAGAUUGGGUUGAUGUAGCUGAGAAAGUUAGUGAUGCCUUGAAAAGUGAGAAAAAUGAAGGGCAAUGUAGGCGAAUGAUUCAUGGGUUGAAGAGGAAGUUUAAGAAAGAGAAGUCAAAAGCUGAAAAAAUGGGGUUGAAUUCGAGUAAAUGGGUGUUUUUUAGGAAAAUGGAGAUGUUAAUGGGGUUGGGUUCUUCGUUUAGGCAACAAGAAUCAGGGUUGGCUUGCGGAGUGGAUUCCGGGGAGUUUGUUUUUAUGAAUCCGCAGGUUUAUUUGGAUAGGUCUAAUGGUUUUGAUGAGAUGAGGGAUAGUCCUGCGGAGUCAGAGAUGGAGGAGGAUGAUGAAGAAGAAGCGGAUGGAGGGUCGAGGAUGAGAAGAGAAUGGAAUGAUGAGCAUUCGAUGAGGAUGUUGGCUGAUUCGGUGCAGAGGUUUGGGAAGAUAUAUGAGAAGAUUGAGAGCAGUAAGAGGGAGCAUAUAAAGGAGUUGGAGAAAAUGAGGAUGGAUUUUCAGAAGGAGUUGGAGGUGCAGAAGGAGCAGAUUUUGGAGAGGGCACAAGCAGAGAUUGCCAAAAUGAAGGAAGAGGAUGAUGCCGAUGAGGAUGAGAGUGACGAGGACGAUGAAGACAAUGACAAUUCCACGGAGAAUAUCAGCGAAUAGGUUUCUUGCUUUUGAAGUUUUGUUAAAGGACAUUGCAUCUGAACCUGCAGUAAGUGUGAUUGACAGAGGACCCUGUGCUCACUGCUUGGUAAGAUGACUUGUGGAAGUUGAAGGUUUCAGUCUUAUGGAUGUUUUAUAUUUAGAAUCUAAUAAAUGUAUGUUCUAUUAGUCUAACUUUCAUCAUCUUUAUAUGCUGCCAUUUGAAUUUAUUGGGCUUAUUUUGACACCUUCUAAAUGGCUCCUUAGAAGCUUUCAUGCCAAGCAAAUGAAUGUACAUUACCUUGGCUUUCUAUAUAUAUCUUUUUUGCUCAAAUUUG